GCCCAGAGGCUGCAGGACUGGCCUCCAAGUGUGGACCUAACAGCGCCCUGUAGCCGUUUGAAGCGCUGACAUCUGCGAAGGGCUUUGUAUUGCAAACUCAAUCCGAGCGCGUCGUAGUUCCGGAAGCGCUUUGACAUCCCCGAAGUAGCGCUGUGCAAACUGAUGCUCUUGGUAAUCGCGGAAGCACGUUGUGGGCUCGGAAACCUAAUCGAAGGAAACCUUUAGUAAAUCCUGGGACCUUCUGGACUUCUCCGAAGCGCUUUGCUAUCGCCGACACACGAAGCGCGUUAGCGUCUCUGAAACCUUGAGAACUGUGAUGGGCAGUGGAAAAGGGGAAAGGUGCCCAUGGCGUCGGAGCGGCGCAAGGUCAAGUACCACUGGAGCAGCACUUCGGAUCGGAGUUCCCGCAAGCGCAGCUGCCUCCGGGAGCCCAGUGAUGUGGCCCCCUCCAGCCGCCCAGCUCACAGCUCUGUGUCGCGUUCAGGAGGGGCCAGCAGCCCCAAGCGCCUGAAAGCCCAGAAGGAGGACGAUGUGUCCUGGGGCUCAUCCCGCCACAAAAGUUCCACCUCUUCCUCGCAUUCCCGCCGCAGAAGUUCCACCUCCUCCUCCUCCUCCCAUUCCUCUGGCCCAGGUGCGGGUGGGGCCGCCUGCAAACGAGGCCUGAUUCCGAGCUCACAGGGGUUCCUUUCGUCAGGGGGAUCCCCUCUGCGCUCUGUCAGACCUUCUCUGGAAGAAAUGGCUUCUCUCGAGGAGGAAGCCUGCAGCCUUAAGGUUGAUUCCAAAGAUAGCCCUCGUAGCUCCGUGGAUUCUGAAUUGGCAGCGGAAGUGGAGGGUCAAAAUGGUACAAUGGAGGAACCACACAAGGUCCAGAAAAGGCAGAGGGAUAGACUUCGAGACCAGGGCUCCGCCAUGAUCUACCUAAAGGCCAUCCAGGGCAUCCUGGGAAAGUCGAUGCCAAAGAGGAAGGGAGAGGCGGCCCCACAGGCAAAACCCCACAUCGCAGAGCGCCCCCGCCGCGGAGAGGGACCAGCCAGGAGUGGCAGCGUGGCUGCUCCUCAGAAAGAGAGAGAGUCCACCGCAGAGGUCAGAGCGGAGGAGGAGGAUGCUGUGCUGGAGAAGAGCAGCUUCUGUGACAGGAGGGUGGUGAUAGACCCUCAGGAGAGACCCAGCGAGGAGCCCCUGCGUGGCCGAAGGGUGCUCACGGAAGAGUGCUCUCCACCCCUGGAGUUUCUGGAUGACUCUGACUCGCAUUUGAAUGGCCAGAAGCCUAAGGACCGGGAGGUGGUGAUGGAGCACACCUCUUCAGGAAGUGACUGGUCCGACGUGGACGAGAUUUCCACGGCCAGGUUCUCUCAGGAGGAGCCCGUCCCCCUGAAACCCUCCGCAGUUCCGGAGGCUUCUGCCUUCCCCACGGACUAUGUCAUGUAUCCAGCUCACCUGUACAGCAGUCCCUGGUGUGACUACGCCAGCUACUGGACCAGUGGUCCCAAGACCCCCGGGUACCCGUCCGUGGGCAGUGGCGGCAGCGACACGACGCAGGCUGGCAGGAGCGGCCGGGGCUCUUCCCCCGCCUCGACGGCGAGCCCCCCGCUCACCUCCAGGGAGCCUGAGGCUGCCAAGGAAGGCAGAUCCCGGAAGUCUCGUUCAUCUCGUUUCUCCAGAAGCUCGGAAGGACACGCGAAGGAGAAAAGAACAUUCCAGGAGGAUGUGCUGCCCCGGCCGGGUGAAGAACCUGCAUCUAGCUCCCUGCCCCGGAGCCGUCGGGAGCCUAGGCUGGAGGGUUUCAUCGACACCCACUGUCACUUGGACAUGCUCUAUUCCAAGCUGUCAUUCAAAGGGACCUUCACCAAGUUCAGGAAGAUUUACAGUAGCUCCUUCCCUAAGGAGUUUCAGGGCUGCAUCUCCGACUUCUGCGAUCCUCGCACCCUGACGGAUGGCCUCUGGGAGGACCUGUUGCAGGAGGAUCUGGUGUGGGGUGCCUUUGGCUGUCACCCGCAUUUUGCACGUUACUACAGUGAGAGUCAAGAAAGAAAUCUUCUGCAAGCCUUGAGGCACCCCAAGGCCGUGGCAUUCGGGGAGAUGGGCUUGGAUUACUCUCACAAGUGCACCACGCCUGUCCCAGAGCAGCACAAGGUGUUUGAGAGGCAGCUACAGCUGGCCGUGUCUCUAAGGAAGCCCUUGGUAAUCCACUGCCGAGAAGCUGAUGAGGAUCUGCUAAAAAUCAUGAAAAAACUUGUGCCUCCAGACUACAAGAUUCACAGGCACUGCUUCACCGGCAGCUACCCGGUCAUCGAGCCCCUGCUGGAGCACUUUCCCAACAUGUCCGUGGGCUUCACAGCCGUCUUGACCUACUCCUCCGCCUGGGAGGCCCGGGAAGCUCUGAAACAGAUCCCGCUGGAGAGGAUCAUCGUAGAGACGGACGCUCCCUAUUUCCUGCCUCGACAGGUUCCCAAGAGCCUUUGCCAGUACGCCCACCCGGGCCUGGCCUUGCACACGGUUCGAGAGAUUGCCAGGGUCAAAGACCUGCCACUCGCCAGCACCCUGGCCACCCUGCGUGAGAACACCCGCCGCCUCUACAGUCUUUAAGGAGGGAGAGUGCCACCAGGAGUCUCCUAGGAAAGGAUGACCAGCGGCCUGACAGGAGAAAGGCCACGUGAGGUCUGCCUGUGGGUCCCCGCUCGAGGAUGUUGGAGAGCCGGCUGGGACAGAGGAAACCCGGACGGGGUGUUUCCUGAGACCUCUGCAGAG